UGUGUCUGUUAUUAGAUUUUUAGGGUUAAGAGGGAUGAGUAAUCUCUUCUCAAUGUGGUGGGAGGAACCGGCGAAGGCUGCUAAAAUAGCGGUAUGGUGGGACAUGAAGGACUGUCCGAUCCCAGAGGGUUAUGAUGCUCGUCUCUUCCGUCCGAGUUUAGAAGCGGCAUUCAAGAGUGUUGGCUACUCUGGUCCUGUCUCCAUCACUGCCUAUGGCGACCAAACACAAACCGCUGAUCACAUCCUGCGAGUGCUCUCUUCCACUGGAGUCGCUGUUGCACAUACCAGACCCGAAAGCACAAACUCACUCAUGUAUGCGGAUAUGGUGGAAUGGCGAGGUAAAAAUCCUGCUCCGGCUUCAAUGAUGAUCAUAUCCAAUCAGGUGCACACUGUCUUCGCUUGGGAUCUGGCCCGGCUACAACAACGGACGCUAUACAACCUUUUUCUGGUUUCUUCAAUCGAGUAUCAAUAUAUGACAAUCUUAGAAACUUGUAGAGAGUGGGUUUGGGAAAGAGUACUAGGGUACGCGGAUGAUGAGACCAGAAGGGCACCACUUGUUCAGGAGAAGUGCAGUGACCCGGGCGAGUUAUCAUCUGCCACGCUUUACUGCAAAUCUUGCAACUUCGAUUCCCAAAGCCCUGAAAAUUUCAGGAAGCAUCUCUCGAGUUAUAAGCAUAAACGAGAAGAGAAGUGCAGUGACCCGGGCGAGUUAUCAUCUGCCACGCUUUACUGCAAAUCUUGCAACUUCGAUUCCCAAAGCCCUGAAAAUUUCAGGAAGCAUCUCUCGAGUUAUAAGCAUAAACGAGAAGAGGCUAUAGACCCUACGCAGAAAGUAGUUGACUGUGUAACAGAGAAGUGGGCAAGGGACUACCCGGCGACGCCUGAAUACGCGACAGCUCAGAUAGCGGUGUGGUGGGACUUGUUUGAAUGUCCGAUCCCCAAGGGAUAUGAUGCUCGUCGGGUCCGGCCGAGUUUAGAAGCGGCAUUCAAGAAUCUUGGCUACUCUGGUCCUGUCUCCAUCACUGCCUUUGGCGACCUAAACCGUAUCCCUGAUCACCUCCUGCGAGGGCUCUCUUCCACUGGAAUCUAUGUUGUGCAUAACGGUUACGCUUACAAAGAAACUCUAAUUUACGAAGAUAUUGAGAAAUGGGUAGAUUCUAAUCCUCCUCCGGCUACUAUUAUGGUCAUAACGGAUAGGUUGGAUCUGAUCUAUUCAGUUUCUCUUGUCACCCUACUACAAGUGCACAAACACAAGCUUUUUCUGGCUUAUUUAUCUAGGCCUCGCAAAAUGUCUCCCCUGCUCACUUCUGCCGAGUGGCUCUGGGAAAACUUACUUGCAGUUCCAGAGACAAGUGGACACGUUCUUCACAAGUGCAGCACAAAUGAAAGUUUUUCCACAGUUUCAGAGACAAGAAAACACGUUCUUCACAAGUGCAGUACAAGUGAAAGUUUUUCCACUCUUUCAGAAACAAGUGGACACGUUCCUCGCAAGUGCAGUAAAAUUGAAAGUUUUGCCACGCUUUCAGAGGCAAGAGAACACCUUCAUAAUUGCAGCAAAAGUGAAAUUUUUUGCACAGUUUCAGAGACUAGAGUACACGUUUUUUCCUCUAAUCUAGAGGCAAGAAGCCGCGCUAUUCAGAAGUUCAGUAAAAGUGAAAGUGAAUCUACCUCAGUAUUUUAUUGCGAAAUGUGUCUCUGUUAUUACGAAAGCCUUGAUGAUUUCAGGACGCAUCUCUCAACUGAAGAACAUACACAACAAGAGGGUUAUAUUAAUGGGUAUUAUCAAUCUAGGGAGAAGGUUCAUUCGGCCGAGUACGAUCCAGAGGGUUGGCUAGAGGUAUGCGAGAUGAGACGUAAGGUGAAGAAGGAAACUAAGUCAUUCGAGUACGAUCGAGGGCAUUGGCUCCGACAGGAAAAACGUAGGAGGAAAGCAUUCCGGACGAUUUUUCCUCUUCGUUUACGUCUUACUAAUCGUGGACGUAGUAGACCUCGACGAAAGUCUCCAACCUGCAAGAAAGAGUAGAAAAGAUCAAACGUAGGAGGAAAGUAUUCGGGACGGGUUUUCAUUUACGUCAUACUUUAAAUUGUUACCAAGUCGUCAUCUCUGUGCAAUUAUUAUGUUUCAGUCUGUGCACUAUUGUUUUUCAAAUUUAUUAUUGAAUGCCAAAAUCUUUCAAGUUUCAAACCA